AUGUGGACAGUAUGUUCAGUUUCAAUAUCAAGGUUGAGAAGUAUAAUCCGCAAAAGAGGCCAAUACAGUGUUACAGGUGUCAGAAGUGGGGUCACUCUCAGCGCCUGUGGGCUAACUCAGAGUGAUGCUGCAAGUGCAGCAAUUCUCACAGGAGUAAGGAAUGCCCCCUCAGACAAGAUGAAGCAGCGACCUGUAUUUAUUGUCGAGAAAAUCAUGUCAGCAGCUACUGUGGUUGUAGAUAUUAGAAGGAAAUUUGAGAAGAAAACAGAGAAGAAGCCCUCUGCUAAUCCUAAUGGGUUCGUAAAGAUUGGUGAUGACUUUCCCAUACUCCCAAGCAAAGCACUGGUAGUACCGAGAAGGAAAAUAGCACUUCCCCACAGUGAGAAAGCUAAGGAAUUAUUCCAACCUCUCCCAGAUGAUCGUGGAGAAACAGUCAGUUGUCUGAGAGAUAGAAAAGUCAACAGCUUUCUGCGAAGCAUGAUUGAUCACAUUGCGAAAAUUCGUGCUGCAAAGUCUACCGUCAAAAAACUAACAGAGGGGUUUAGAGCAGGGAUGAUGCUUGUGAAGAUUGGAGAACAGAUACAAGAGCUUCAAAAGUGGUGUUUUUCCACUGAGCAUAUUUGGAAAGCAGUUUGUAAUGUUUUGUCAGCUAUAUCUGUACUCCAAACUGGAAGUUUUAGCAGUAGGACCAGGAUGGAAGCAUACAGAAAUUAUGCAAAAAAUAGAAAGUUUACAUGCUCAUUCUGCAGCUAUUCUACUGAAAAUAAGUAUAAUCUUAAGACACAUCUAUUAGUUCAUAGUGGCCAGAAACCAUAUAUAUGUGCUGUAUGUCACCAGUGUUUCAGUCAGAAGCAAAAUCUCAAAACACAUUUAAGGAUUCAUACUGGCAUUUUAGAUUUUGAGACAACAGUAAAUAUUGAAGACAGCUUUCUGCCUAAAUUACACAGAUGCUCUGUUUGUGCAUAUUUUACUCCAUACAAACAUAAUUUGAAUAAACAUAUGCUAGUUCAUACAAAGGAACGACCAUAUAUUUGCAAAGUGUGUAAUAAAUGUUUCAGUCAGAAUGCAAGUUUAAAGAGACAUUUUAAAACUCAUACUGGCGAAUUCAUGUUUAAAUGUAGUCUUUGUGAUAAGAAAUUUGUGCAGAAAUCAGAUCUAAGAAGACAUGUUCUCACGCACAGGAUACUACUUUUAAAAUAUGUGUUUCAGGACUUGCUUUGUUUUUUAGGUGCAAAAAUUCUUCCCAGAAUGCGUGACUUCCAUAAUGAAGUUAAAACUAAAUUCUUCAUAUAUUCUGUUUGUUCUUAUCAUACUGUUAGGAAGUAUGAUUUCAUGAAGCAUGUAAUGGUACAUACCGGAGAACAACCAUAUGUUUGUGAAAUAUGCAGCCAGUGUUUUGUUCAAAAACAAAAUCUCAGAACUCAUUUGCGAUGUCAUGGUGGUGAAUGUCCAUUUCAGUGCUCAUUUUGUGGCAAGAAAUUUACAAGAAAAUACAGUAUGCUGUUAUAUGCUAGGAACUGCAAUAACAAUAUUCUGUUUACAUUUUACAUCAGAGUUCUCAAUAUUUUUCAUUUUGUAGGUGAGGAGAUUAUUAACUGGAAGUUUUCUUGCCCUAUUUGUUCCUAUGCUGCUGAAAGAGUUUGCGACCUUCAAGAGCAUAUGCUAGUUCAUAAGAAAUACUAUCCGUACAUCUGUGAUGUUUGCAAUAAACGGUUUACUCAAAAAGGACAUUUGAAAGUGCAUUUAAGAAUUCAUACUGGAGAACGACCUUAUGCUUGUGAAGUGUGUAAGAAAACAUUUAGCCAAAAACAGCAUCUUAAUACUCAUUCAAGGCUUCAUACUGGUGAAUAUCCAUACCAGUGCUCUGUUUGUGGCAAGAAAUAUAAACAGAAACUUAGCCUGCAGAUGCAUCAAUGUGCAUAUCAACAUGGGUGAUUGCACUUUAGGGUAAAAUGUGAGUGGUUUUUCUUCAAAAGCAUAUUAUUAUUAUCUUAUUCAUUUUACAUUUCUGUGAUUUAAUAAUCAUAGGUAAAAUGUGUUUGAAGGUGUAAUUUGAAUUAUUCUUGUGUUUAAUUUUAUUUGGUUUAUUAUUAUUAUUAUUUUAUAUAAAUAACGCAAAUAGUGUUUUUUGUGAAUAUUGCAGUCAUUUAAUACAUGUGGAAGUUUCAGUCUCUUGUAGUGAAAAUAAAUAUAAUCGGGAACUCAUUUAUUAACUAAUUUCCAGUAAUACUGAUUGCCCAGAAUGGAAAUUAUUCAGUGUGUAACAGUGUUUACAAAUUUCUGGAAAGGAAAAAUUUAGUGAUGAGUUGGAGAAGAUUAUCUAAUCUCAUUCUGAAGAGCCAGAUGCAGAUCCUUGCCUCACCCCACCCCCCUUUUUUGUGAUUUGUAAUUGCUUGCCGUUGAUUUAAAUGUAAAAAUAACAUAUCAUUUGUCUAGGUCAUAUUAUUAUUUUAUUUGUAAAUUUGGUUCCUUCCCCCCCUUUUUUUUGUGGUGGUUGUUGUUUUUGUUGGGAGAGAAUGUAUGUGUGUGUGUGUUUUACAAGUUUUGAUUAAAUAAAUUCAGUAUGUUUUGAGAGGAAAGGUUUGGAAAUUUUCUGCUAUGAAAUGUAAUAUGUAGGGAUCCUUCUAUUAAAGUUUUGUUGUAGGAUUUAAUUAAUUCAAUCAUUUUAGUUACUGUAUAAUUUUGCAGCAAUAUUUUUACUUAUAGAAAGAGACAAAGUUCUUUUUUUCCUAAAACUUGUUAAUGUUUUUCUGUACUCUAUUUGUGGGCCAUUCUAAUGCAAUGUCAGAAACCAUGGCAUGUGCAUGUCUGCAAGAACACAUGUGCGAGUUAUAAAUUUGAUGCAUCUAUCUGAUUUUUUUUUUUUUUUUUUUUCUCAGUUUGUAUAUCUAAGCUGAAAUCAUGAAACUAAGUAAUCUGCUAAUUUAUUUCUAAUGCAUAUUUUAUCUCAGUUUGGAAACCUCUUUGCAAUAAAUGUUUUGAUCCAUGGUUGUUAAUGUAACUAACUGCCUGUCUCCAGUCUUUGAAAAAGAGGCAUCAUAUCAAUCUUUACUUUGACCUGACAGCUUAAAUUGAUUUUGAAAUCAUAGUGAAAAAUGGCUUCAGGAAACUGUAUUUUAGAGAAAUUAUUUUCUCCAAAAUACAGUUUCCUGAAGCCUGCCAAUUCUGAACAAAAAAUUGGUAAAAGUGGUAUUUUUAUGAAAAUAGAUGAUAAAAUUCCAGGUAAUUUAGUGUCGGAAGUGAUAAAAUACUAUUAAAAAUAUUUUGAAAAUAUACAUCUAGAUAAUAAACUUUAUUAAUACAGUACAAAGUCUCUAAUCUGGAAUGAUCUGUAAUCCGAACCUCAAAGCCACAAACUUGCGCAUGCAUGUAAUGCGUUUAUGCAUGAGCGUUUGAUGCGCGCGUAAAGCCAGUAAAGCGUUUACCCAUGCGCGCUUCUGAUAGUGAAGAAAGUGACAGAGAACGUUAUUGAAAACGAAAAAAUUUCGAUUGACAG